GAUUUGAAGCCGACCCAGCCAGCCCGAUCCAAUUAUAUAUUUGCUAUUAGAGUGAGUCCCAGGUCCCAAAAAAACUGGAAAGAUAACGUUCCCCCCACCGCUCUUUCUGGACGCUAGACUACCAUGGCGACCUGUUCUCACCUUCUCAACCACGUUCAAAUCAAAGGAUGGCCUUCUCUGUUAUCCAAUCGAGGGCACUCCCAUUUUUCUGAAAGCUUUAGGCAUCCAGCUAAAAGAAAGUCACAUCGGCGUUCCCAGCUUGCUCAAUGCAGCUCAUGUUUUACAGAUAUCAUGGCUUUCCCCAGCAAUGAACUUUCACAAUUAGAUGCAUCUCUUUUAGGAGAGCCAUUUGAUGUACACGAAGUGGCAAAAAUUCCCACGAUCAACAUACUGGAGAUAUCACAAAAUGCUGGUAUAGAUUUUAUGCAGAAAUUGGCAUUAGCUGAUUUGGACCCUGCUUCAGCAAAACUUGCAAUUGGGUUCCUAGGACCCUUUCUCUCAGCAUUUGGUUUUCUGUUUAUUUUGAGAAUAGUAAUGUCCUGGUACCCAAAACUUCCUGUUGGAAAGUUCCCAUAUGUAAUAGCUUAUGCUCCCACUGAACCACUUCUCAUCCCAACCCGUAAGUUGAUUCCACCCCUUGGUGGAGUUGAUGUAACUCCCGUGGUCUGGUUUGGAUUGAUUAGUUUCCUUAAUGAAAUAUUAGUGGGCCCACAAGGGCUUCUUGUCCUUCUUUCUCAACAAGUUAGUUGAUAUACAUCUAAAGGAUGUUGGUAUGAAGAAUGCUUAUCUAUUGAAACAUUUUUCUCUGCUGUGAUUCUUAUAUGGAAGAGUGAUUAACCUUUGGACA